AUGGCGAAGACCAAGAUCAUCUCCACUGCCCCCGGAGGUCUCGACUACUCGAAAUGCAAACGCACCGAGUUGGACACGUUCUACAAACAGCGCUUGCACAAGGAUGUUCCAAAAGGCGUCAACAAGCCAGAGCUCAUCCAGAUGCUGCGCCGCCAGGACCAGGACCCCGGCACGUUCAGGUUUCUGGAUCUCCCAGCAGAGAUGAGGAACGCUGUGUACAAAGAGCUGCUGAUCCUCCCUCGACCAGGCUCUCGCCGCCGAGGCAGUACUUACCAGCCUGCAGUCCUUGGACUGUGUCGCCAAGUCCACUCCGAGUCUCCCGGCAUCCUAUAUGGAGAGAACGAGCCAGAGAUCAUCAUUGAGGUAGCCCAUCACACCGCGCAUUCUUAUCCCCGCGAACUACAACGUCAUUGCACCAUACCACUCUUCUCCAAGAUCACACACAAGGAUUGCCACCAGUUUUACCCAUGGAGCGAUGCAUCCAGGUCUCUGCGGCUUGAGCAACUUACUCGAUUCCAUUCUUCCAGUGUCCAGAUCAACAUUGGCAACCAACAAGUUGGUUCAGGCCUCAGCUCUUCUUGCGCGUCGGAGCUCCUGAUCGCGGUGAACCAAUUGCUCUACUCUCUUUGCGACUUCCUUGCUUCAAGCCCGCAAAAGCGCACAAUAACUUCCAAGUUGAACGCCCAGACCGAUCUUGUCACUACUCAAGAACUUCACCAGACACUUUGGCCAGUCACACGACUUGGCUCAGCUACCACCAUCAAUUUCGUCAAUGUACCGCAGAAGGUCCAACAGCUCUUACUCGCUGGCUGCGUGACUGCUGGCGCCUCUCCCAGUCUCCUCGAGAAGUUGUCGCAAGCAGAGCCAAGGGCCAAAGCUAUCUCGAAAGAGAUUCGAAAGUUGGGAUCCGAGAAGCAGGCCCAGAUUCAGUCCGAGAUUCGGGCUUGGUACAACACGACAUACGACAUCAACGUCGCCCUGAAGAGGACUCAGAUGAUGGACAAGACCACGGAGAAAACCUUGAGGCAGCGCAUAAGAACAUUCGAGAAGACACCUGCUGGCAAACUGGCUGAUCUACUUGCCGCGAACAUCGGCGAAAGAAUCAAGGACAUGGAGAAUAUCAGAGCGGAUGUCGAGAGCAAGCGAGGCCAUGCAUGA